CCCAGGGAACGCUGUUCCUGUCCUGCAGCUCAGCUGCCUCCUUCACCCGGGUACUGCCACCAUGAAGCUGUUGCUCCUGCUUCUUGCCAUAUUUGUGGCAACGGAACUGGUGAUGUCAGAUGAAUGCUGGAAGGACGGACACUGCCGGGUGAUGUGCAAGGACGGGGAAGACAGUGUCAUACGCUGCCAAAAUCGCAAGCGCUGCUGCGUCCCUUUGCGUUACCUAACCCUCCCUACCAUGGUCAUUGAUGGAGUCCUUGGCUGGACCACUCCUACGACGUCCUCAAAACUCCAUAGAAAGAAGAGACGCUCCUACUAUUGGUAGAAAGGAUGUUGCUUCUCAUCCUUUAGUCUCUACACCACAUUAAAACUCACAGAAUUGA